GCCGCACCGUGUCUGCAACCUGCAUCAUGAAGGGACUUUCGAUUUGUCUGCUCUUGGCUGGCGUGUCUCAAGCAGUGCGCGUGUACUUGAAUCCACCUGUAUCUCUACCCUCACAAUUAUCUGCGCAACAAGCGGGCGCCGCAUUGUCUCGCCAUCUUGGACUGGACUAUUACGAGUCUCUGGACGAUUGGGAACUGUUCGCAGGCUCAUCGAAGCAAGAAGCGUUUGUAGGACAGGGACCGGGAAGUGCGUUGCUGCUGAGCAUCGACGAGGAGGACGCUGUAGGUGUCAUUCCCUCUUCCUUUAAGGAGUCCUUCUCCCUCUCCGAUGAACCGUCGCCAUCUUCACUCGCUACGCUCAUCCCGACAUACCUUGACCGUGCACACCAUUCAUACUCGCAUAUAUUCUCUCAUUCUCAGCUUCCAACCGAGGCUCCUCGCAUUAUCGACAUCUUCUCUGUCCCAUCCUCUGCAUCCCAGACAUUUCUGGAGGAGAUGACUACCAUAGUUGGCUUUUUGGAAUCAGAUGACAUACCAAAUGACAAGUUUGCAGCCGUCGAGCUAAGGGGUUUGGCCGAGCUCGCAGCGGAAUUUGGACGCGACAGCGAGCAAUAUCGUCUUGCUUCCGAGACCAUCCGGGGCCUCCUCUCUAGCGCCAUCGAGAAGCGUGGCCUGAAGCUUGCCUUGGUGACUGUGCCCGUCUCUGCAUUCCAAGCGAAGCGCCAAGAGCUUCAGCCUCCGCAGAGUCCCUUCCCUCCUCCCAUGCCAGGACCUGCAGAGCCGAUUGACGCCGUCGCGACAUGCUACACCACAGCCACUGCUUGUGGAAAUGCCACGAACGCCUGCAGCAGUCAUGGGGAAUGUGUUGAGGCGAGCAAGGCUGGGCGGACUUGUUUCGUAUGUGCAUGCGCUGCAACGACGGAUGACCGAGGGCGUACCGAGCUUUGGGCAGGUAAUGCGUGUGAGCGCAAAGAUGUCAGCGGCCCUUUCACCUUGAUUGCCGGCACAGUAGUGGCGCUCAUCCUCCUCGUCGGAGGCUCAAUCGCGUUGCUCUCUACGAUUGGAGACCAGGAAUUGCCAAAUACUCUUACAGGUGGAAUUGUGCCUACGACUCGAAAGGAUUGAGGUAUCCUACGAACACUAGCAAAUGACAUGUUCGGCUCUGAUGCUACUAAUUUGUACUGAGACGAUCGUCCGGUCUCAUUCUCGAGGUGAUUGGGAUGGUCACUUGUAUCAUGACACUUAUGCAUGAAAUGUUUUAUAUAUUACAAAAAUCCCAUCCUUUCAGCCUUUACUGAAUAUGCUGGGAUGCCGC